GUCGGAGGAGGAGACGCAAGUUCUGGAGCGGGCGGGGACGACUAACAUUUAUCACUUCCAGCAAGUGCCAGAGCUUGGCCCCGCAGCACAGAGGCUACGGUGCGGGUGGUCGCGGGAGCUGGCCCUGAGGGGACCCCGGGGGGGAGGGGGAGCCGUAAAGCCCCCGCCGAGGCCAUCGCUGCGGGGCCUCCCCUCCCCCCCGGGCAAGCGCCAUGCGGGGGGGCUCCGGAGACGCGGAGCGACGGCAACGCUGGGGUCGCCUGUUCGAGGAGCUGGACAGCAACAAGGACGGCCGCGUGGACGUGCACGAGUUGCGCCAGGGGCUGGCCAGGCUGGGAGGGGGCGAUCCCGACCGUGCACAGCAGGGCAUCUCCUCUGAAAGGGACCCUGAUCCAGAUGGUGGCCUCAGCCUGGAGGAAUUCACUCGCUACCUGCAGGAACGGGAGCAGCGCCUUCUGCUCAUGUUUCACAGUCUUGACCGGAACCAGGAUGGUCACAUCGAUGUCUCCGAGAUUCAACAGAGCUUCCGAGCACUGGGCAUCUCCAUCUCGCUGGAACAAGCAGAGAAAAUCCUACACAGUAUGGACCGAGAUGGCACCAUGACCAUUGAUUGGCAGGAAUGGCGAGACCACUUUCUGCUGCACUCUCUGGAGAAUGUGGAGGAUGUCCUGUAUUUUUGGAAACAUUCUACGGUCCUGGACAUUGGCGAAUGCCUGACGGUACCCGAUGAGUUCUCCAGGCAGGAGAAACUAACAGGCAUGUGGUGGAAGCAGCUGGUGGCUGGAGCGGUGGCAGGCGCUGUGUCGCGGACAGGCACAGCUCCUCUGGACCGUCUCAAGGUCUUCAUGCAGGUCCAUGCCUCCAAAUCCAACCGGCUCAACAUCCUAGGGGGCCUGCGGAACAUGGUUCAAGAAGGGGGAAUCUUGUCCCUCUGGCGGGGCAAUGGGAUCAAUGUGCUCAAGAUCGCCCCUGAGUCGGCCAUCAAGUUCAUGGCUUACGAACAGAUCAAGCGGGCCAUCCGGGGGCAGCAAGAGACACUGCACGUUCAGGAGCGCUUCGUGGCUGGCUCCCUGGCUGGAGCCACAGCUCAAACCAUCAUAUACCCCAUGGAGGUACUGAAGACAAGGCUGACUCUGCGCAGAACCGGUCAGUACAAGGGGCUCCUGGACUGUGCAAGGCGGAUCCUGGAGCGCGAAGGGCCCCGCGCCUUCUACCGUGGCUACCUACCUAAUGUGCUGGGCAUCAUCCCCUAUGCUGGAAUUGACCUAGCCGUCUACGAGACGCUGAAGAAUCGCUGGCUUCAGCAAUACAGCCACGAAUCAGCAAACCCAGGCAUUCUUGUGCUCCUGGCCUGCGGCACCAUCUCCAGCACCUGUGGCCAGAUUGCCAGUUACCCCCUGGCACUGGUCCGGACCCGAAUGCAGGCCCAAGCCUCCAUUGAGGGUGGCCCACAGGUCUCCAUGGUGGGUCUGCUUCGACACAUCUUAUCCCAAGAGGGUGUAUGGGGCCUCUACCGGGGCAUUGCCCCCAACUUCAUGAAGGUCAUUCCAGCCGUGAGCAUCUCCUACGUGGUCUACGAGAACAUGAAGCAGGCUCUGGGGGUCACAUCAAGGUGAGGGACUGGGAACAUAUCACCCCAAGAUUCCCUCAUCUUCACCACGGUGUCCCCCAUGCUGAUGUCCUCAACCACUGAUGACUAAUGGCCUGAACAGUGGAUCCUAAUUCCCCACCACAAGCCGCUGGAUUCCAGUACUCAAGUUCCAGGUCCUUGGCCUUGUGUCCUGACCACUAUUUGGCCACUGGAUCCCAGCACUGGAUCCUCAACUUCACAACUUCACAACCAGACCCCCAGACCCCAAAUGCUGUACCUCACACAUCAGCAGUCUGACACUUGAAAUGCAGAACUAUCCACUCAUCCUGGCCCCAAACCCUUAUCCUAAAGCCCCUUGACCCUGCUCAUCCACACCUCAGAGCUGGACCCUGCUUUUGCCUGCCCACCACUGUGUGCUGGGCCUCCCUAUGUAGCGACAGAUGGUCCCAAUGCCCCAAGCAUGGGGGCACACGUCCAUGAACCCCAUAGCCCAGACCUCAGAACCUCUGGGCACCAGACCCUCAAUCACACUGGACCUGAGAUUCCCAAACCUGCCUUAUAGUCCGGCCACUGGAUUCUAGAAGCCAAGAAUUCUCAGCCACAGGGUCCUUACAGAGCAAUGCCAAGAUCCUAGGACUCUGUCCCUGGAUCACUGGAUCACAAAUCCCUCACCACAGACAAUUCAUUUACCUUGACUUGGGGUCCCAUACCCUUCCACCUUGAUGCUGGGUCUACAUUUUAAAUGCCACCCUCAAUCUCACACCACUGGAUCCCAGAGUUCCAAGUCCCAAACCACUGGAUUCUGGUUUCUGGAACCACAGGUGUGUGAGCUCCAAGGUGGGACCCAGAUGCCACCACUGUUAACUUCCAGAUUCCAAAUUUCUUCAACCCCUUCUCUGGAUACCAUCCAUUCUCCCAGAUAAUGCCAGGUUCCGAACCCUUUGCUCCUGCACCCCAAAUUCUCAGACCACUCCCUAAGUCUGGAUCCCAACAGCCCAGUGGCAGCUUCUCAGAUCCCACAGGCAUCCCAGACACACUCUGGAGCCGUUUCCUACUGCAUGAAACCAUACCAUCAGGGAUCCUUCUGGAAGCCCAGACCCCAGACCAGUGGCUCCCCACCAGGCAGUAAGGGAUGAGAGGUCCCACACCACACCCCACAUGAAUGCUGGAUCCCCCCCUUAGCUAAGACACACCUACCCUACCCAGGGGGGACCACUCCCCCAAAUCACCUCCCUCCCCAUCCCCACUCAGCAAUGUCUUCCAUACCCCUGCCCACCUUCCAGGCUAGUAACUUCCAGAGCCCAGGUCCCUCUGGGAGGAUCUGGUCUGCUUGUCAUGGGCGGGCAACUUCCAGGUGAAGCCAGGGGACACAGCCAAGGGGACCUUCUGCAUCCCAGCACUGCCAGCCCUACUCGGGCCUCAGAAAGUCAAAUUAAGGACCAAGACACAGCAUCCUUCCUGAAACCCAGCAUCCAGCUGCAAAAUUAAACAUCCCCAGACUGACUCGGGCUCUAUUUUUCUACCAGACAGAACAAAGUCCCCUGGUUCCCCACCGCAUUCCCAAACCUUCCACACUUCAACAUUGGAGUCUGAGCUUAGGAUAAUUGGGGUGCCCUGUUUGACUCCCUAGUCUUUGGGGACCCCACCAAAGGGCUGUGAAAGAGGAACUGGGAUGUUGAGGGGCAGGAGGACCCAUGGCUCCCACCUCUCCCUCCAGCCCAAACCAAGUCCCACCUCCUGCCUGUGUGUGUCAUUUCAAAAGAAACAAGAAUAAAUUUUCUAAGCUCUUUCA